AUGCGUCUUCCCUACGCCGAUCCCUCUUCCACAACAUUCUCUUCUCCUGCCGACCGCGCAAUAAUUGAACGUGUUGAAGCACGCCGUGCACCACGUCCUCUCCAACCCUUGGACUUAACAUUAUUACAUAGUCCCCCGGUUGCAGAUGGCUGGAACUCUUUUCUCGGAGCAGUGAGAACGCAAACGGGGUUGGCGGAUGAUAUUAGAGAGAUAGCGAUUUGUAGAGUCGCUAUUUGUAAUAGGGCUUGGUAUGAAUGGGGACAUCAUGCGCCGUUGGCGCAGAAGGGAGGGGUUAGUGAUGAGGGGAUGAAGGUGCUUAAGAGGGAGAAGUGUGAUAGGGAGGGAAAGGGUGAUGAGAAUGGGGAUGCGGAGGGAUUGAGUGGGAAGCAGUGGGCAGUGGUUAAGUAUACGGAUGAGAUGACAAGGAAUGUUAGGGUGCCGGAAGAGGUUUUUGAGGAGUUGAAAAGGUGGUUUGAUGAGAAGGAAAUUGUUGAGUUGACGGCUACGAUUGCAGCAUACAACUGUGUGAGCAGAUUCCUGGUGGCUUUAGAUGUUGGCGAAAGGAACAAACUUACUGGUCCCGAUGAUGUGGCUCAUUAA